AUGGAGAACGUUGAUCACUUGGACACUUCUAACACAACUGUUGUUAACAAUGUGGAUCCGGUUAGAGAGACAGACGGAGAUGAGAAAGUUGUGGAGAAAAAUGAUGUUGAAUAUUUCUGUGAGAUUUGUCGGAAGACAUUCUCUUCAGAAGAGGAGGUCAUCAGGCACAGAGAAAUACACAAGAAGGAAAAACGGUUCCAUUGUGAAAUAUGCGGGAAAUAUUUUGUCGAUAUCAGUGAUCUUACAACACACAAAAUAUUACACACUCGAGAUAAACUGUUUCGUUGUGAGAUCUGUGGCAAAUCGUUCUCUCUUAAAUCAUUUCUUCUUAUCCACGUAAAUAGUCACACCCCAGAGAAACAUUUCCGUUGUGACGUAUGUGAGAAAACUUUCACCCAGAAAGCUCGUCUUGUUACCCACCAACGAAGUCACACUGGAGAAAAGCCAUUCCACUGUGAAACUUGUGGGAAAUCCUUUUCUGAUAACGGUGUCUUGAAAACUCACAAAAGAAUCCACUCUGGGGAGAAACCCUAUAACUGCGAUAUAUGCGGGAAAUCUUUUAUCAUUUAUAGCUACUUAACAAGGCACAAGAGGGUACACUCUGGCGAGAAGUCGUUCCACUGUGAAAUUUGUGGGAAAUAUUUUGUCUAUAAUAGUGAUUUAACAAAACACAUAAGAAUUCACACGGGGGAGAAACCGUUUCACUGUGAAGUGUGUGGGAAGGGUUUCGUUUGUAGCAGUGAUUUGACAAUGCACAAACGGGUUCACACGGGAGAGAAACCCUACCGUUGUGGGAUAUGUGAGAAAUUUUUCACCCAGAAAGUUCAUCUUGCUACCCACAUACGAAAUCACACAGGGGAAAGACCCUUCACUUGUGAAAUAUGCGGGAAAUCAUUCUUUGCCCAUUCUAGUCUAGUAGUCCAUAAAAGGAUACACGAUGAAGAGAAGCCAUUCCACUGUGAUAUAUGCGGGAAAUCUUUCACUAGUAAUUAUCAGCUUGUAGUCCACAAGCGCAGUCACACGGGAGAAAAGCCUUACCAUUGUGAUACAUGUGGUAAAUCCUUUUCUGUGAAUUCUAGUCUUGUUAGCCACCAACGUAACCACACUGGAGAGAAGCCGUAUCGUUGUGAAAUUUGCGGAAAAUCAUAUUCCAUUAAUAAAAGUCUCGUUGCACAUCUACGUAGUCACACGGGGGAAAAACCCUAUCACUGCGAAGUCUGUGGCAAAUCGUUUUCUGUUAGUUAUAGUCUUGUAAUUCACCGACGUUGUCACACUGGGGAAAAAGCGUUCCACUGUGAAAUCUGUGGCAAGUGUUUCAUUAAUAAUUCCAGUCUUGUCGUUCACAUCCGUACUCACACGGGAGAAAAACCCUAUCGUUGUGAAACGUGCGGAAUAUCAUUUAGCACUAACAGUCAAUUAAAGAAACACAAACGAAUCCACACAAGAAUGAAGACUUCAGACUGCGAAACAUGA